UUCAAACGUCCCAGAACCAUAACUGACGGUCGUAACCUGAACAACAGCGUCAUGGAGUGCUUGCCGGUUGAGACAUGGUCUCAAAUCUUUCUCUAUGCUUGUGUAGACGGCGGGCGUACAGGCUGCGCGCUGUCGGAGACCUGCCGCUACUUCCGCGCCGCGGUCCUCCCGGUGCAAAUGCACAGCGUCGCGCUGGUCGGCGGGCACAAAGCACAGGCAUUUGUGGACGUUCUCGAGAACCGUGCACCCGAGCACCGCCGCGUCGAGCACCUCUUCAUCUCACAACAGGGCAAAGGCCGCCCUGCGUUCAAGCCCGGCGUGCAGCAGCGCCUCUUCGAGCUCCUCGCCCCUACGCUGCGCACGUUCACGAGCACGCUCCCACAGAAGAGCCGCGUCAUCGACCGUGCGAGCGCGCUCGCGCACCCGUUCCCGCGCCUCGAGGAGCUCACGAUGCACGGAUACCUCUUCCAGAACGUGCCGCCCGCGCGCGGCGUGCAGCGCCAGCCGUUCCCUGCGCUCAGGCGGCUGCAUCUGCUCUCGUCGUGCGACUCGACGCUGCAGAUCGUGCGGCGCUCACCGGGCCUGACGCACCUGCGGCUUUCGGGCGUGUGGAUCAUGUCGGACGGGCUGUACGACGGGAUCGUGCGGCUCCUGGGCGUGGCGCACGCGCCGCCGAGCGACGAGCCGCGCCUCCUCCCCGAGACCCUCGAGCGACUCAUCGUCGUCCUCGACGGGAAGAUAUCGCGGUUCUAUUACGGCCAGAACCGCGAGCGCGAGGACGCGUUCCACCACCUGAAAACGCUAGACAAGCGCAAGAUUUUCUCGCUCCUCGAAACAAAGUUCGCUGUGCAUGGGAUAUCAAGCGAUACACGUGGAGAUUGGGGGGAAAGAAUUGUAGGGAAGGGCGGGUGCUGGACUGUCUCCGGAGGUAAGGAUUUGAUAGCGAGGAGCGGGAGGCCUGUUGAGAUCUGAGGGUCAUAGAGUGGUCUGCUGUGGUUCGGAGCGAGGCAGAUACACAGGUUAGAAUCAUAUUGAUACUCGUGUACUGAACCCAGGACAGAUCAGACGUUCAAGAUGAUGGUACUCGCGCGAAUUGCGUGACAGAGCCAAGCCGGUGACGGACACUGCACGUGAGCUUCUGUCACGGCUUUCUCAAUUCAACUACCGUCGUACGCGCAGCGUACUCUCCGCAUAGUCUAUUCUACGCAUAGUUAGUCUUGAAAAGAAACGAAAAGAAUUGCAGU